UUUGAGUACAUAGUAAAUAUGACGUUGACUUUUAAAACAUCGCCUUAUCAUCAUCACAUUUAGAAAAUAUGAUAAUGAUAUAGCAUUAUUUUCACCAUUGAAGUCUAGCUAAAUGUAAUGUAAAUAGAGCUACUCUUUUCACAUCUUUGGACAGAAGAAGAAAUAUACUUAGGUUUUAAACGUCAUGUGUUAAACGCCAUGUACAUUUACUAUAACCGACUGAAUAAUGGCAAACUUGACUCAAAUUAGGAUCUUUCUCCUUCUGGGUGCAACAUUUCUGUUCUUAUAUCUUCUUGGAUGCUUAUUUGAUGCCGACGUCAAUGUGGUUAAAUCUAUCCAUUCCACAUAUGGACAUUUUGGAUCAACUACAAGAAGAGGAAAGUGUACACCAGCUAGAAAUAUUGUCUUCAUCAAAGUUCCAAAAUGCGGUGGCUCAACGAUUACAAACAUAUUUCAAAGGUAUGGUGAAAAACAUAAUCUAAGUUUCCUACUCCCAAGAGCUGGGAUCCCUAGUAUUGAUGCUUCGGAUAUAAGGGACCACAUCGGUGAUGCUGUCAACUUGAUUGUAAAUCAUGUACACUUUUAUGAAAAGUUUAUGAAGCAGUUAAUGCCGAGAGACACUCUAUAUAUCGGGGUGCUACGCAACCCUAUGGGGUACCUCAAAUCAUAUUAUAAUUAUGCCGAAAAGGGCAUCACCAAAAAAGGGGUAAACGUUUCUUUGGCAGAUUUUGAAGAAAAUCCCUGGAAGUAUCCAGAUCUUAAAGUUCGCCAAAAUCGUCAAUCCUCUUUUUAUGGAGCAUUGGAUAAAGGUGCGACACCUAAGGGAAUAGAAGAAUUUAUUUUACAUGUCGAUUCUAAGUUUAAUUUGAUUCUGAUAACUGAUCAUAUGAAGGAAUCGAUUGUGCUGCUAGGCGAGCUCCUCUGCUGGUCAAUGGAGGAUAUGCUAUAUGUCUCCCAUAAAGUAUCUACUGACGGACAACUAGGGGAAAAAUCAACAACUAGUUUUGAACACACUACAAACAUGGCACUCGCAGAAAGAAACUAUCGAAUCUAUAGUCCAUUGGAUUAUGCAAUGUUUGAAUUCUUUAACAAAACUCUUUGGCGAAAAAUUAGCGCAAUGGGAAAGAGCUUUGAUGACAAAUUUAGAAAAUUUGAUGCAAUGCUAAAUAAUUUACAAAAUAGAUGCAGGUACACAUCAGAAAGUUUAGGACUUUCAGAUGAAUAUAUUCAAUCUGUCAUAAAAGAGGACUCCGAUUCCGAGGACUAUUUGUGUCAUCGCAUGCUCCUACCUUCAACACAGUAUAUAGAGUAUAUUUUAAGACCAAAACAGAAUAUUAUUUAGUCCUAGUCCUACAAUUAUAAAUACUUCAUUUAUAUAGAAAAUAUAACACUUAGAUUCACGUCCUGUCUUGAUUCACUAGAUAGUAUUUGAAACAAUUGCUAUUAGGUGUAAAUGCUGUCCGUCUUUCAAGAAACAUUAACAGAAAUUAAAAAAGGCCUCUGGAUAUUGAAAGCACUUAUCAUCUUUCAAACGGUGUCAUCGUAAAUAUAGACCCGUGCAGCACAUAGUCCGAUAGACUGGUAUUUUAGUCCGGUUGCUAGAAUUGAAUGUCCGGGGUGGACUUUUAAUACUAGAUUAUGGUACGUAUCUUAAUAGUCACUUCAAAAACAUAUACACUAAAACUCUUUAGUUUUCCAGAAAUAAAGAAUUGGGGAUUUAUAGAGAGUAGGCAUGACAGGGAAUGAUAUGACCCUGUAUAUUAAAUAUUUUUAACAAACAUUAGCAUGCAAUAUUGCAGAACCCAAGCUGCCUCAUACAGAGAGAUGAGCAAUAAAAACAACUCAAAAUAAAAUUCAAUAAAAUAGUAACUAAUUACAAUUACACUUAAGGUCAUGUCGGCCUGAGUAACUGAAUGCGUUGCUGAAAAUCCAAAAACGUAAAUCCAGUGCUGCCCUCUUUAAGUUGAAUCUACGUCCAGUGUUUCGAAAAAUACAAGACUCGGUGCUUAAAAGAUGGCGUGUAGUAAUAUGGACGGGUAAGACCAUUCUGGAUCGGGCUUAAGUCCGGGCUUAAGUGAAGACGAACCCCAAAGGCACAGAACAUGCAUGGGAUGAAAUUGUGAGAUACCCAUACUUACGUUUUGGUCUUUACUUAUCUAUGUUUUAUUCUACAGUAGCAUUUUAUUGAACCCAAAGAAUUGAACCUACUGCUCAGUUUGAGAUGUUCAUGUGAAUGAUGUAAUUGGUUUACUCUAUAUACUGUUUGGAAAAAUCAGAGUUCAUAAUAUUACAAAAGAGUUGUUAAACAAAAUCAUUUUAUGCUACUUAGUACUUAGUGAUUUUAAAAUUAGAUUGUAAUUAUUAUGUUUUGUCAUGCAUGUACAUGAAUUUUUUAUUUGUUAUUUGCUUUAUUGGACUUAUAUCUCGAUGUACCUUAGAUGUUCAAGAGACCAAUAAACUUAUUAAUAACUAUUCAACUGUUUGGAAAACACGACUUCGGUGUGAUUGCCUCGAAACUAAAAUAAACUAAAU